UACAAAAUGGCAGCCCGCAGUGUCUCGUUGACAGAUGAAAGUGAAGUAAACCAAGAAGUGGAAGUAUUAAAACAUAUAUACAUAGAUGAACUGGAUGUUAUUCUAGAUGAUGAAUGUAGAGUGAAGACAAUAAAAGUUUUAUUACAUCCAUCAACAUGUGAAGAUACAAGUGUACAAUAUGUCUGCCUUACUCUUGUCUUUGAUAUUCCUUCAACAUAUCCGCAAACGGUGCCUGAUAUAUCUAUAAAAAAUCCCCGAGGUCUGGCAGAAGAGGAGGUCAAAGGUUUACAUGAUGACAUAGUUCAACUAGCAAAAGAUAGAGAAGGAGCUCCUAUGUUAUUUGAGUUGAUAGAGUUAGCUAAAGAAGGUUUAACAGAAGGAAAUAUUCCAAGAUGUGAAUGUGCAAUAUGUUUAGGACAUUUCCACGAAGGGGAUGUCUUUAAGAAAACAGUCUGUUAUCAUUACUUUCAUUGUCACUGCCUUGGUCGAUAUGUCCGCCACAUUCUUUCAAAGCAAAAAGAAAGUAACGAUCUUCACCAGAAGGAAAAGAAAGGAGAAAAAGUCAACGAGGUUUGUUGUCCAGUAUGUCGUACACCUAUAGAUUAUGAUAUGAAAGAUUUACACGAUGCCCCUCCUCCUAUAGAAGAUAAUCCAACUUUUGAAAUAUCCCAAACAAUUAAGCAAGCUCAAGUUAAGAUGACAGAACUUUACAUCAAACAGAAAGAGAAUGGAGGAAUCAUAGAUUUAGAGGCUGAAAAGAAUAAAUUUCUUAUCAACGAGGAUACUGUGCUGCUUGUUCCAGAGAGUAUAGAAGCAAGUUCUACUGAUGGUGCUGAUGCUGUUGAUGCAGUAGGAAAAGAUGUGCCUUCUGCUUCUACUGCUGAUAAAAAUAAAGAUGGUAAAAACCUUUCAACAAAACCUACCUCAGACAGAGAUAAACGUUUUUAUGAUUCUAGAGACAGAAGGCAAUAUUCAUACAGAAAUGAAAAUGACCGGAGGGGUGAAAAGGGCCCAUCCAAUACCAACAGACAUGGAAAUGAAGACCAAAGAAAAAGCUCCACCUAUAAAGAAAGGACAGGCUAUCGUGAUAGAUACUAUGGUUCAAGGAGCUCCAAUAGAGAUGAUAAUGAUUAUCAACAGAGACCUCCUUCAUCCAGAGGAAGGGGUAGAGGCAGGCCUUAUGGAACUUAUUAUUACAGUCAAGGUCAAGGUCGUGGAACAAAGGAAGACCACAGACCUAAUAGAAUGGAUAGGGAUGAUUCUGACAAAAAAAUUGCAAAUGAUAAAAAUUCACAACAAUCUUCUAGUACCCAAAGUGCCAAAAGUGACAGAGAUGACAGGAAACCAAGCAUCCGAGAUAGAGAAAAUGGUGCCAAGCAGACAUCUUCCAAUAAGAUGGAAGAUAACAAAAGACAAACUGCUGGUGAUAAAGAUAAUAACUGUGAUCAGACAUCUUCUAAUAAAACUCAAACUGAUAAAGGAUACCGGGAAGAGAGAAGACCAUAUACUUGUGAUAGGCAAAAUAGUCGAGGAGGACGUGGCAGGGGGCGAGGUCGGGGGAGGGGGAGAGGCAGAGGCAGUGGUUCCAGAGAAGAAAGAACUUCUAGCAAAACUUUUGACACAGAUGUAAAAUCUUCAACUUCAAGUGGACAGGAAUAUACUGGGCAGAAAAAAACAUUUUCAAGGACGUCUGAUAAUGUGUCAUGUGAUAACAAAUCAACCAAUAAACAAGAAGAUAAGAAAACUACCCCAACUAAGCCUCCUCCUGGUUUUCAUACAUCUUCCCCACCUAAAGACAUUAUUACAGGUGACACUAGCGUUAAACCUCCACCAGGCUUCUAUAGUUGAUGUUUACUUCUUGUUAGUAAUUAAUCAAAUAAAUGAAAUUAAUGAAUUAUUUUGUAAAUUAUUGAAAUGAUAAUUGGCAAGUUAUUGUUCAGUCUAAUUAAACACAGAUCCUAUUUCGUUUCGUUUUUAUAGUUCAAAAUUUCGUUUACUUGUCUUUACUACACUAGGAUCUGAAAGAGUUGUUAUAUAACUUCCGUUCUGGUUGUUGUGAGGGAUUAGCUAAUGAAAUGGUCUUUUACAGCGAGUUUUUGGCAUGUGGUGCACUGAAAUGUGGCUAUCCCACUAGAAACAUCAACGCUGAUUAGUUAAUCAACUUUCUGACAUAAUAGGGUCAAAAGCCGCUUAUAUGACCUCUGACAUGACCUUCCACUCUAACUGGUCAGAUCUUCAUGUAGUGUAGGCCAUAGAAAGUAUAAAAACACAAAACGAAAUAAAGAUCUGUAUUUUGUUUAAAUUGGUUAUUGUGGAAAUAUUUGUGGGAAUAAUAAAGACGUAUUGGUUUAAAUGAUAAA